AUCUCGUUUCGUCCAUCCUCCCCCACGUGCGGUCUACGCUGCGCCACACAGAGACCGACGCAGACAGUCACAGCUCCUCCGUCCUGCCAUCAUGAUGCUGAAGAAGUUGAGCUCCUCUGUGGCCCCGCGCUGCAGCCAGGCCUUCCAGGGCCGCGCCUUGAGCUCCAAGGCUGUUGUGGACACGUACGAGUCGCCCGACCACUACUUCGAGAAGGACCGUAUCGAUGCUGGAGACCCGAGCAAGCGCGCGUUCACAUACUUUAUGCUUGGUGGCGCCCGUGUGGCGUACGCGACGGCUGCGCGUCUGGCAGUCGUCAAGUUUGUGGGCAGUAUGAGCGCGUCCGCCGAUGUGCUGGCUCUGGCGACGGCCGAGUUCGAUCUGAGCAACAUUAACGAGGGCUCGACGGUCACCGUCAAGUGGCGUGGUAAGCCCAUCUUCAUUAAGCACCGUACGACCAAGGAGAUCGAUAUCUCGAACCAGGUGGACGUGGGCAACCUGCGUGACCCCGAGACGGACGCUGUCCGUGUGCAGAAGCCCGAAUGGCUCGUGGUGCUCGGUGUGUGCACCCACUUGGGCUGUGUGCCCACGUCGGACGCUGGCGAGUACGGCGGUUGGUUCUGCCCGUGCCACGGCUCGCACUACGACCUGUCGGGCCGUAUCCGCAAGGGCCCCGCUCCGCUCAACCUCGAGAUCCCGCCAUACAAGUUCAUUGAGGACAACAAGAUCCUGCUGGGUUAAGUGGUUAGCAAUGGAUUUUGCUUUGCCUGCUGCUGAAAGGAGACGUGGCGCGAAAGAGAACGUGCCAACUUGUUAAGUUUUCGGACAGGGGAAGCAGGAUCAAGCAACAGGAAAAGAGGCCAAAAAAUACCAAAAAAGACUUUGAUAAA